AUCAGCGUGUACCCAAUUAGAAUAAAAACAAAAAAUAUCAAUUUGGCAGCAGUCGCUGCUGUUUUUGGCUAAACUUUCACAUUUUUCUGGUGAAAUUGUGCAGGAACUGCGUUUAGUUUUUGCGGGUUUCUCUUUUUUUUUUAUCUCUCCUAACAGUGGUGAAACCAGUAGUGAUCGCCUAUUAGUAGCCGCGAUAGGUGUUGUUAGCCACGAUGGUGGAAGCAAAACAGAAAUCCGAAUCGACGGAACUCGGAGCUGUUCUGCCGGAGGCUGCUACUGGACCCACUGCGGUAACGAAGAAUGGAUCUCCGGCGCCCGGGCCUUCCGAACCACCAAAAGCGAGGGCGAAAAAAGAGGGAGGCAAUAGCAAGCGGAACAAGAAAAACAAAAAGGAUGUUGUGAAACCGCUGACCAAGGUGGUUAUACGCCGUUUGCCGCCAUCGAUGGAUGAGGAAACUUUCCGCAAACAGAUUGAUCCGAUUCCGGAGUACGACGAUUUCUAUUUCGUUUCUGGCGAUUGGUCUUUGGGGAAAAAUGCGUCGUCCCGAGCGUAUAUUAAUUUCACGACAGCCGAAGAUAUAUUUCUGUUUAAGGAUAAAUUUGAUGGGUACAUUUUUGUGGAUGCCAAGGGAGUGGAGUAUCCUGCGGUGGUAGAAUAUGCUCCGUUCCAGGAACUUCCCCGGAAUCGCUCCCGGAAGAAAGAUGUCAAAUGUGGAAGCAUCGAGUUGGAUACGCACUUUAUUGCGUUCAAAGAGGCACUGGAGGCGGAGGAGAAGGAGUCCGCUGGGAAGAGCAAAAGCAAGCUGGAGUACAGCUAUAAGAUUAAGGAUGAGAAGAAAAUUACGUCGACACCUUUGCUAGAAUUUAUCGCCCAGAAGAAGCAGGAAAAGCGUGAGGAGAAGCGCAAGAAGAUGGAGGAGAAAAAGAAACAGAAAAAGGAGGAUCGUCAGAAGAAAAUUCAGCCAUCGAAGACUGUCUCGGAAGUUAUAAAGGAGGAGAAGGAAAACGAUGACGAUAUUAUGGUGCGCACGGUUCCUUCCAGGUUAGAUCCGAAUCAUGGCAAGAAGGAUGGCGCCAAGAAAGUUAACGAAAAGGGAGAGCCAUCCAAGGGGGCAAAGGAAAAGGAUAAACGACAGCGGAACCGAAAGGAUAGGGAAAAAGAAAAGCCGAAGCUAGAAAAAGUUGUGAGUAAUGUUGAACAGGAAAAGAAUGUCAAUCGGAAACAAGAACGGGACCGUCAACGCAGGGAUAAGGAUAAGGCAAAGAAACAAGAAGAGAAAUCUGUGAAGCCACCGCCAGAUGGCACCACCAACAAGGGCAAAGAGGAUAGUCCCAAGCAGGAGAGCCAGGUGGAAAACAGCCCUACGGAAGAUGUUCCUAAGAAGGAAGUUAAGAAGUACAGUGAACGCAGGAAGGAAACUCGCGCUCGAGCCGAAACGCGCCUUGCCGAGCUUGAAGAACGGAAUGACGGGCCAAGUUCGAUUACCAGUGAACACUUCAAAUCUAUUCCUAAUAUUCCAACGGUUGACAUUAAGAAGAGUGUCCUCACGCCCCACGUAGCCCCGUUUAUACCGAAAGAGAAGUCUUCAAUAAUCCUGGGAGAAUCCUCCGUUUCGCUGCCUCCCGCUUUUCCCACAACAAAAUGCACAACGGAAAAAUCGCCACCCGGCGAGUUCGAAGCGGGCAAGAAGGAAUCAACUCCGGCUAUGGACACUCCCGCGGCAGACAGCAGCAGCUCCGAGAGAAAGCAUGACUUCGACGAAAAGUUGAGAGGGGCGCGUGAGGCCCGGAAGAUCCGGAACAAAGACAGACCUUCGAUUGAGAUCUAUCAACCGAGGAAGCGUCUAGCGUCAGGAACGGCCGGAGGCACAAAAGAGGGAGGCACCAAGAGUGAAGAUGAGAGAGUGAAAGAGAAAAGCGAUUCGGAUCGAUCAUCAGACAAAAGCAUGAAGCCGGGAACCUCGUGUGGCAAGGAAACAGACAAACGGCACAAACUGACCAAAAAAGCGUCCGAUAAGGAAAGACCAAGGGAUCGACGCUACAAAAGGAAGAAUUCAAGCGACGCCGAAAUGGCCAAGGAAAAGGAAUCGAAUUCACGGAAGAACUCACGAGAAGAAGCUCCGCCAGUGGAACCAGCACCAAUUCCGGUAAAACCGGACACUGAAAGCGUGGAUAAGGUCAUGGAACUGCUGGAGGGGGUUAAUCUAGACGCCUAACUUAUGGAUCACUUUAUUAAUAUGUAUUCAUAAAUAAACGUUCAAAUCCAGUAAC